UAUUACAGGAAUAAAAUAUUAUUAGAAAUUGGUUAAAUAUUCUGAAUAUCAGACUCGAAACUGUGAGAGAAUCUUUGACGCCUAGUUAACAACCACCAAUUACAGUUAAUUCCCUUCAUCAAGAAGCCCGGUAACAAUUUGAGGAAAACAACUAUUGGGAUUACAGUAUAAUUGCCUUCAUGUUAAAUUCUACUAUCACCGAUUCAACGACGAUCUAACACAACCCUCGGGGCAUCUCCGAGACAAAUUACAAGCGUCACAGUUGUACGUAGUACAACAUUAUCGCACAUCAGUGCGAAAGUUUUCUUUCAGAGGAAAACUUAAACAAGCAAGCUGCCUAAGCUACUGAUGGGGUGUGGGGGGUCGAAGGAGAGCCACGAGGCUGUUGAAAAAGCCCGGAGAAUAGACCGGCAUCUCAAAGAAGAGAUGAGAAUCUUCAAUGAACAGAUAAAGCUACUACUUUUGGGUGCUGGUGAGUCAGGAAAAAGCACAGUCGCAAAACAAAUGGUCAUAUUGCACAAGGAAGGAUACUCAAAAGAAGAAUGUGUAAAAUACAGGACCGUAGUUCAUGGCAAUACCAUGCAGGCGGCAGCAACUUUGAUCAAGGCAAUGGAAGCAUUAGAAAUUCAAUUUGACGAGAAAGAAAACGCGACAUAUUCACAGAAAAUUUUGGCUUCAUCUGCAACAUUAUCAGAUGAAAUUUCACCAGAAAUGGGCCUAAUGAUAAAGCAAGUCUGGAAUGAUAGAGGAAUGCAGAAAUGCUAUGCACGGUCAAGAGAGUAUCAACUGGAUGAUUCUGCAAAAUACUACUUGGAUGAAAUAGACAGACUUGCGAAAUCAGAUUACAUUCCAACAGAACAAGAUAUUUUACGAACGAGAAUUAAAACAACAGGAAUUAUAGAAACAAAAUUCACUUUUAAAGAGAUCAGCUUUUUAAUGGUCGAUGUUGGGGGUCAAAGAACAGAAAGGCGAAAAUGGAUCCACUGCUUUGAAUCAGUCACUGCGAUAAUAUUUACUGUAGCACUUAGUGGAUAUGAUUUGGUUCUAAGAGAAGAUGAAGAAGUGAAUCGAAUGCAUGAAUCUAUGAUUUUAUUUGAUUCAACAUGCAACAAUACCUGGUUCACAAAAACAUCGAUGAUUCUUUUCCUCAAUAAGAAGGAUAUCUUUCAAGAUAAAAUAGAGAAAUCACCACUCACAAUUUGUUUCCCAGAGUAUAUGGGAUCAAACAACUAUACUGAAGCUUCAGAAUACAUUAGAGGCAAAUUUGAAGCUCUCAACGCUCACGCCGAUACCAAAGAAAUUUAUUCACAUUUCACCUGUGCGACAGACACCAAGAACAUUGAGGUCGUAUUUGAUGCAGUAGCAGAUGUUAUUACGCAAUCCAACAUGAAGGAAAUUGGAUUGAUUUGAAUUAGUACUCAGACAAAUGGUACAGUGCAUUCUAGUUUGAAAAUAAGUGCACAGGAAUAAACACUGCCAUUCCACAACAACUUUAAAAUAAUCAUACUGUAAUGAGAAAUGACAAACUCAAUCGUUAACUGCAUCAUUUAUGAGACUUGUGUACGAUAAUAUUACUACAGUUAGCACAUACAUGGGAAAGAAAUACAAAAUUGAAAAAACCAAUGGAACCAAAAGCAAAGGAUUCGUGUAUAUAAAAAACAACAAUGAAUUUCAAAAAAAUUUAUAAAGAGGGGCAGCAAAACGAAACAUUAUAAAAGGAAAAAGUGCUGUAUUUUUGGCAGGAUCAAAGUUCAGUAUCUAAAUGACUAAAGUUAUUUAUCCAGAUCGAUAUCUCAAAAUGUUGACUGAAAUAUUGCCAGCUUUAUAUUUCAAUUAAUAUCAACUGGAUUAAUGAAUUUAAAAUUUUUCAGUACAAAAAAAAAUUCACUUGGAAUUUUCUAUAUUUUGUAUUAUGUAGCAUACAUGCCCAAAUGAUGGAAUGCUCAAUAUACCACUGCACUUUCCAUGUUAUUAAAGCUUUUGCACAUAUCCUUGCAUAUGUGAGGUACCAAGAUUCAAGAAAAUGCUGUGUGGCUGUUGGAAUAGUACUAUUCUUAUACACCAAUGUAUUCCAUGUAACGUUAUUUAGGUACCCUACUUCGCAAUACUAUUUUAACAUAGCAUGUUAUCUCUUUUGUAGCUUUUCACUCAAAAUUGAACCAUUGAUAAAAACACAAGAUCUAAUGAUCAAGACCAUACACAGACAAACCGCUUUUUGUUACACAAAUAGUGCACAAUGAAUUGUAUUGCUAUGCCAAACUUUUCAGCGUACUGAUCAUUAUUCUUCUCUCUGAUAAUAGAUAUUGGUACUGUUAUUACGAGUCAUAUUUAAAUACUAUAUUUACAGGCUAUAUAUGUAAGCGCUAACUUACAUAAACUAAUUGAAAUGUUUAUAACAUUAUUAUGGUAAGCUGGAUGAAAGUGUUAUUUACCAUCAACCAUAUAUCGAGAUUGACUUUCCUAUAUCUAUAGGUUAAUUGAUAAGCGGUAUUACCAGGUUUCAUAUUGUCAGAUAGCAACACCGAAAUGAAAACUGUAUAUGGCGUAUACUAAUUUCGAACCAUGGUAGUUUCAUUUUAUAACGUAAUAUAUAAGUAUUUCACGGUUUUCGAACAUAUUGAAAUAAUAACUUGAGUAGGUAUCAUGAUUGAACAGUUUUAAUGUUGUUACAUGCAAUUCUACUGGCACCCUGCAUCACCUGGUUGUCCAAUAGGUAUGGUAAAACAUGACAUUAGUAUCCUUUUCAGCGAGGUAAUUCAGUAUGCAAUGCAGUGUAUAUUUUCUUUACUUCCAUAUAAAAUGGUAAAAGAAUACUUGUAUUUUUUCAAUUUGUGUGAUUUUGUUUAGACUACACUGAUAUAUUGUAAAACUUUAGCCCUUUUGUUUUCAUUUAUAUUCGUUUUGUGACAUUGUACUUCAAUAGAUAAUUGUUAAAUUAACUUGCAUUGCUAGAGAAGUGUAGCAGACUCUCGUCAUUAUGGUUCAUGGUGACCAAAAAAUAGAACCAAGGUUAUUUGGAACAUAUUCUAAAGAACAUAUUCUGUUUUUUUUGUCAUUUUUGGGAGGGGGGGGGCGACACCCUGAUCUUCAAAAAUUUU